CUCUGCUCCUCCAUCAACGGACUUCCAUCCAUCCAACCACUCUCCACUCAUCUCCUUUUCUUGCUUCUCGGCUUUCCAGACCACAUCCACCGUCACAAUGGCCAACGUCCCACCAGUCAAGCAGGAGGAGAAGACGAUCUUGGGCAUGCCGCCCUUCCUCGUCGACUUCCUGAUGGGUGGUGUUUCCGCCGCCGUCUCGAAGACUGCUGCCGCUCCUAUUGAGCGUGUGAAGCUCCUCAUCCAGAACCAGGAUGAGAUGCUGAAAACUGGCCGCCUCUCCCACAAGUACGAGGGUAUUGCGGACUGUUUCCGCCGCACCACCGCCGACGAGGGUGUCGUCUCUCUGUGGCGUGGUAACACGGCCAAUGUGAUCCGUUACUUCCCAACCCAAGCCCUCAACUUUGCCUUCCGCGACACUUUCAAGUCCAUGUUCGGCUACAAGAAGGAGCGUGACGGUUACGCUUGGUGGAUGGUUGGCAACUUGGCCUCUGGUGGUAUGGCCGGUGCCACUUCGCUCCUUUUCGUGUACUCCCUUGACUACGCCCGUACCCGUCUCGCCAACGAUGCCAAGAACUCCAAGACCGGUGGUGAUCGCCAGUUCAACGGCCUGGUCGACGUCUACAAGAAGACCAUCGCCAGUGACGGUAUCCUCGGUCUCUACCGUGGUUUCGGUCCAUCCGUUGCUGGUAUCGUUGUCUACCGUGGUCUCUACUUCGGAAUGUACGAUUCCCUCAAACCCGUUCUUCUCACCGGUUCCCUCGAGGGUAACUUCUUGGCCUCUUUCCUCCUCGGAUGGACCGUGACCACUGGCGCCGGUAUCGCCUCCUACCCACUCGACACUGUCCGUAGACGUAUGAUGAUGACGUCUGGCGAGGCCGUCAAGUACAAGUCUUCCUUCGAUGCCGCCAGCCAAAUUGUCGCCAAGGAGGGUGUCAAGUCCCUGUUCAAGGGUGCCGCCGCCAACAUCCUCCGUGGUGUCGCCGGUGCUGGUGUGCUCUCGAUCUACGAUCAGCUCCAGGUCAUCGUCUUCGGCAAGAAGUUCAAGUAGAUCACUCGCCCCAACUGUUCACUCUGUCGAGCAUAAGAGGCGAUACGAUGAAAAAGAUGUUGGUCCACUUGCCGGUAUGAUGGUGGACAUGUGGUGGACGUGACGAAGUGUUACUGCUGCUCUAUCACGGGAGUGGUUUCGGCGGGAAAAGAGACGCAUGGAGCGUUGCUACGCUGCUUCCAGUCGAACAGCGUUGGCGCAUGUACCUUUAUUCCGGCACGGGCAACACCGCUCUUCCCUGUACUACAAUGGUUUGGUCGUACUAAAGGCGUAUAGAAGUCGUUUUCUGUUGAUUCUCACGCAAUGCUCCCCAGGCCCAACCUUCGGCUCACGUGACAUUCCCAUGCUACUUAUGUCAUCGAACUGGAAAGGGUCCAGCAAGCUCCAGCUUGGUAGGUAGUGCAGCUAAUGGUGUUAUUCUUCUGCAAG